CCGGUCUACGUAUUUGUGGUUGAUACAAAUGAGACGGAACAUUUUUGUGGCAAAAUUGAUACCGUUCAAGUGGUACAGAUGAGCAAAGCAAUUUUAUUCUGCAACAUCACCGAGCCAAUUCUCGAACCGAAUUCGGUCCGAUUCCGUUGGUAUGGAUUGAAUCGACGGGAUUCGAGUUCGACCGGUCCCCAACUGCAUGUUCGCAUUCAACGUGGAAAUAUUCGGACUUCAGUGAGUAAACCGCUACCCAAGGCCACAACAAGAACAACGAGGACAACAACCGUGACCACGACAACCACAACAACAACCACUACCACCACAGCUACAACAACAACACCCAUAAGUUCCUAUGAUGAACUUGACUAUACUACACAAGCGGUAGAUUGGGACCAGGGACUGGACAAUGUGGAAAUGGAAAGAGAUGACUUCGGUCAGAUUGUUCCAAGCGGUCCAGCAUCAACUGAUCCAGACAAUCAACAGUUUUGGAUUGAGCCGAAUCCGGAUGACCUGGAAAAUUGGCCAGUUACCGAAGAGAAUCAGAGCUUUGAAUUCAACUAUCCCCUGAAUGAUCAACAAUCACAACUAGAGGAACAACAGCAGCAACAGCAACAGCAGCAGCAACAACAACAACAAAACUCUGUCCGUUCCGGAAGCACAAUCACUGGCACUCCGCCGAACGAGGCGUCCGUCUUUCCCGAUGACCGGGUGCAUGGAAAGCGAAACACGUUACGUCAAGCAAACUCUCCCAAACUGAUGCCCAAUUCGCAAGCCGAUCAUGCGAUCUCUGUCGAAACACGCGUAUGCGUGAUCAUUGGUCUUCUGUUUUUUCUGCAUGCUAUUUGGUGA